AUGGGAAUAUCUAAACUUUGCUGCCAUAAUUCGGAGUCAGGUUUGAACUCUCGAACGCCAGUCUUCCAACGCUUUGCCUGUGGAGUUGGUCACGUGAUGAAUGACAUCACUCGUCAGCUUCUGUUUUCAUUUCGUUUGGUUAUAUUUAUGCAAGUGUUUGGUCUCUCUGCUGCCAAUGCCGGCUGGUUGAUGCUUUACGGACUUAUCAUUGUUGCAGUAUCUUCAGCAAUCUGCGCGUUCCUGAUUGACAACGUCAAAAUUCCAUAUUUGUCCAAGAGGCUUGGAAGAAGGAAGGCAUGGCAUUUGAUAGGCAUUGUGGUGGGUGCAAUUGUCACUCCAUUCUACUUCAGCUCCUGUUUCUUUUGUCAGAGCGAUCAAGGGCAAUGGCAACUGAUGAUAUAUAUCGCAGGUCUUAAUACAAUCUUGUCAUUUUCAUUCGGCCUGAUUGAAAUUAGCCAUCUUUCGAUUAUCCCUGCCAUCGCUAAAGAUCAAAGUGAAGCUGUUGAAUUAAACGCAUGGAGGUAUGGCAUAUUUUUUUUUUAUUUAUCCUCUCAGUAACAUUAAAUUGAAAUUUCUUUUGUAUUAAGGUGGUUUUAAGUUAAGUUGUUCGUCGACGUUUCAGGUGAACUGAGGAGUCACUGGGACUGCGACCAAUGUAAUUGGCUCACCGUUGUUGUGGCACCCCUGCCUAUUAAGCAUUAAAUUAUUACUCAUUGUUCAGUAACGGGCGAAGGUAAUAAAAUAAAAUAAAUAGACAUAUAAGUCUCAAAAUUUUCUUAUCACAUUUUAUUCGUUUUCUUAAAGGACUGCUUUUUCCUUCUUGAGUGGCAUUGUCACCUUCAUCGUGGCAUGGUUGAUAAUAGGACAAGAUAGCAGCGACCAUAUAUCGGCAGAGAACUCGAUGGAUUUUACGGUAUAAAUACUUGGAAUAUUACUUAAACAAUAUAAAUAUAUAUUGCGCGCACGAAAGCACGUUCUUUUAGCUUCUUUUCUCCUUUACAUUUCAGGUUUUGACUUUAAUUCUGGUUGGAAUAAGUCUACUAUUUGCUGUAAUCUUUCACGUUGGAACAAAAGAACCUUCUGAAGAAAGUGUUGGAGAAAUAUCCAAAAACGAACCGGUAAGAUUUGGUAAAUGUUUACCUAAUAACCCACCCUUCAUAUAAAUAUCCGGAACCAGUAAAUAUUAAAUAUUAAUUGUAACUCAGUAACAGCUUUUCCGCGUAACUUAAAUCGGUACGGUUCGGAAGGUGCAUUAUAGAGAACGCAGAGAGUUCCAAACUGUCUUUGGCACUAGGACCAAGCUCGCUUUGCAUACGGAGAAGACAAACUAUGAAUUGAAUAAAUGACGUUAUAAUUGUUUAAUAAGAAUAUGAAACUAAGCUAGGAGGGUUAAAUCUAAACUUGCCUUUGGUGCGAUUAUUUUUAAUCUAAAGCUGUUUCCUCCUUUUCUCCUUUUAGAGAAAGAUAUCUUUUAUUCCAUCACACACCCUGGUUAGCGCGAUGAUGUUUCAAGCAAAAGGUAUGAUUAAUUAAUUCAACCGAAAUUUAUCAAGUGUAGCUUCACCAAUUUGGUUUGGACACUCCAAUCACGUUUGGCAUGAUGUAGGGAGUCGUAUCUCCAAACACGGCCAGACGUACCGAUUCGAAAGAAGGAUACUCACAAGCGGUUCAGUAAGGAAAUGUUUCUUGCAAAUGCCUAUUGAUAUGGCACAGCCCAGUUUUUUUUCUUGGAAUGAAUUUCCAGGUUACGCGGCUGUUUAUUGCCUGUCGUCGGUUGCCAUCAAUAUACGUUCAACAAAAACAGCGUUUUCACAUGACGUCACGUCCGCCAUAUUUAUAGUUACAAAACUAUAAAAUGUCAGCCAUGCUGGUGUAUCAAACCAGUCCUUUGACAGUUGAACCUUUUUCUUCCAUAAAAACUUUCUUUUGUUGCAAUAAAUUUGCAACAGGUCAUGUGUAACAGGUCAUGUGAGUGGAAACGCUUUAUACAGCUAUUUCGAGAAAGGCCGUCCAAAAAAUGUGCACGCGACAAUCCUGGAAGAUAAUAUGGGAUACUAGUGAUCAAUACACUUUUUUGCUUUCCACAAGCACUCGCAAACAUACGUCCAUGGCCUUUCGUGCCAUUCUCUCAAAUUUCGUUGAGGAACUUGAGUGAAAGCAAUGCACCCACAUUACCUUUCGGGAUUGUCGCCUGCACUUUUUCCGACAUCCUUUCUCGAAAUAGCUGUAUAUUGCAGUAAUUGUAACUGCAGCAGCUUUAAGUUACAAGUUAAUUAAGUUUUUAACUAUUUCAUUUUUCUUCUGCCAAGAUGUGAAUCUUCAAAAACAAACAAUGCGUGACGCUUUCAUCGAUGGCAUGAAGACCAAGGCCGAAGGAAAUAAGACAGGCGACACUGAGAAACAACCUUCGAGAAAGCAGAGUUUUCCGAGGCACUUUAUCCAAGCCCUUUUUUCUAAUGAAGAAAAUGACGAAAAUAUAGCUGGAGAACAAUUACCGGCUGACAACAAGGGCUUGAAUGAAUCAGCUUCCAAACGCUCAGACGAGAUAGACGGGUGUUCUUCUUUUAAACCAAACGAUCAGGGCGAGGAAGAAAUGUUAAAAGGCGUCAAAAGUCUGCCUAAUGAAAGAAAAAUAAGUGUUCUUGUGAGUAUAGUUUAUGGAUUGAUAGGAGUUGACCCCGCUACUGAUGAACAGAUGAACGAAGAGUCAAAGAUGGAUACAAACUCUGAGUCACCGGGGAACAUUGUUCAUAAAGUAAACGGCAUUCAAGGAACAAACAUCGGAAUAGGAGAAACAGAUUUCAAAGCUAACUCUUCAGUUUCUAUCGAGCACCUUGGUGUUGACAAUAAAGGAUAUAAGUGUGAAACAGAAUUGGGUGUUCCUGCGUUACAAACCAACACGACCAAAACAGUUCCCCGAGUUACAUCUGGUGACCUCGAAUCUGCACGUCCAGUUUCGCCCAAACCUAAGACAGUACGAGCCUGGCUCAAGGAUCCACAUCUAUAUAAGGUGAUUUAGGUUCUUGGUUUUUUUCUGCUUUUGCUUUUUUAUAUUGGGAUUUGUAAAUUUUUCUGCAUGGAAUUGUAGUUACCCAUCCAGUUCUCAUCGAAAAUUUUGUCCGUUUGUGAUUUUUUCACGUAGGUGGCUAUCAUCUUCACGUGCACAAUGUCUGUCAUAGGCCUGUCGUAUGCCUAUCUUCCAUUGUUUCUUAUCUACAGAGUACAGUUUGGAAAGGUAGGGGCCGGGGGUAAGGUAUAUAUAUACUCACAAAAAGUAGACACAUAGCUAGUGCCACCUGCGCUAAGUCAUUUUCAGGAGCAUGAAGCAUCUAGUACAAGUUCUGUAUUGAUAUACCGCACCCGUAUUGGACACUAUAGACCAUAUAUGGAUGAUACCUUAAUUCAAAUAAUUGGCCAGAUAUACUCAGAUAGUGGCACUUUGAAUUUUACUUUAAUUCUAUUAGUUUAAUCUGCUUUUGGUAAUACCUGCAUGCAUUAGAGAUGGGUUGCUUUGAAAAGAUAUUCACGGUCUUGUGUUCCACUAAGACGUCGUCAGUAAGUUGGUGCUAGGUUUUUAAUAAUUUUUGCUCUACGCUUUGAACAGGAGGCCAUAGCGUAUUUGCCACUUAUAAUGUUGAUAAGUGCAGCAUUGUCUUCGGCACUGUCCAAGAAACUUGUAGCCAUAAUUGGAAGCAAGGUAAGAAUCAUUUCCUAGAUUUUUUUGAAAUUAUUGUCCUAUAAACGAAAAAGCGAAACGCACAUUAAGCAAUGAAGAAAUACAUCUCUCUAUCUUGUUCUGUCUUGGGUUUACGUACAUUUCCAACUGAAGUGGUCCAGUUGUGCUUCAGGAAUGCUUGUUCGAAAAUUGCGGUUUCUUUGGAGGCGACCUCCGAGGGUUCCGUGUCGGUUUGCAUUAUGAGGCGUAUGGGUGCAGUGUAACUGCUUGUAAGGCCGGGUCCCAGGCGUCCUUUUAACUACACCAAAGCCCGCUGCAUUUCUAAUUUUUUUCAAAACCGUAAAUACCUUGUUUGAAAUUGAAAUUUAAAACGUAAUGUAAAAGACUACUCACAGUCCAACUUUUCUCUUAGAUCCGUUACUCACGGCUAACGCCUUCGUUUCUCGCCCCUCGCAGCUUCGCAAUCUCACCGCUCGAGCUUGCUACCACCGUAACUCAGUUGAAGAAAAUAAGAGACUCUUUGCAGACUAAAAAAACAUAUGUUUGUUUCUUUCUUUGUAUCUUUUGCACCUCUCAUAUGGAGAUAAGUAGCUUUAUUAGUUACGGGUCUUUAUUUACGCUAUGAAUCUAGAACAAUUAGUUGCUUGGCCUUUGACAAAAACACCAAUAUUUUUUAGUAAGUAACUUUAAUUACGUUAAUUUUAACACUGCGUGCUUUGUUUUUGUUUUUGUUUUUUUUUCCAGUGGUGUUUUGUCCUUGCUGCCCUCUUCGUGAUUACAGCUGGUGUAUGGUUUUAUUUCAUCACCAAGUCCAACAGAGUAAUGACCUACCCAGCCACUGUGUUACUCGGGUUUGGCUUUUCCGCCAUGCUCGUGAAUGCACUAAGCUUUGCUGCCGAACUCAUUGGAGACAACAAAGUGAGUUCACUCAUUUAAAUGCCGCCGAAGAAAAGGACGACGAUUAAGAUUGAUUUUUUACAAUAACUACAAAGAAUUGCCAUGUAACACCAUAAUCCUUUGAUUACAAAAAUACUUACAUUUUUUCUCCUUUUUUGUGGAAUACCAAUUCUUCUGAUCGGGUAUUUUCUUUCUGCUUUAUAGAGCACAUCUGGUGUCGUAUUUGCUUUUAUGAGUUUGAUGUCAUACGUAACUGGCGGAAUAUUGGUCAGUACAAUACAGAAUUUGUUUCCUGAAGGAAGGUAAUUGUGCACUUUGUAGUCUAAAAAUAAUUUUCAGCUUCCUCAAUCUAUGUGUCAGAGAAUGACAUCAAUCGUCAAUCAAAACAUAGCAAGCAUAACUACAAUGGUACUCAAAGGCCUCAGGAUCUAAUGGAUUUACCUGUGGGAAUUCAUAACUAUGGCUAUAACUUCGGCACAGAUGGAGUUUAAUCAAAACUUGGCGCCGGCACAAAAAAUACUCAUUGUCCUUAACAUUUUAAAGUAUAAAUAGUGUGUUAAUAAAUCAUGUGAUAUUUCACGCGUGACUAUUUUUCUGAAAAUCAGUUCAAUAAUUGAGAAACUGGUGGCGAAAUCAAGAAAUAACACUGAUUUUCUUCACUUAUAUUAAAUAUUUCUAACACUUCACGUUCGGAAUGACUGUUCAUAUGCACUUGAAUAAAAAUUUUUCAGGGAAAAAAAAUCAUUUUAAAAGCCCAAAUUUAAUCUUGAAUUACUUGAAACUUUCAUUUUAGACUUCAUUCCAAACUUAGAAAGAAAAAAAAUAUGUUUUCCUCCCAUCAGAUUCCAAUUUACUAAUGCAAACAAAGUAAAUUCGCCACCAAUUAGCCAAUUUCCCUCAUGUUUAAUUUUUUUGGUCUCGUCACAUAUCACGUGACCAUAAUGUUAAGGCACAAGAAGACCUCGAGAUGAACUUUUGGGGAAAAAUGCAUCUUGUUCUUGGAAUCGUAGCGAGAAAAAUUGCCAGUUAAUCAUAUGCUCAAAACACCCUUUGGGCCUUGAGUUAUUAACUUCUUCCAAACAUUGUCUGUUCGGUAAACUUCCGAAGAUAUGCCAAACGACCGCAUGCUGAGAGUAGCGACCAGCCGAAGGUAGCAAAUCCCGACGCGAUUCCUCCUUCUCUUCCCCCCCCUUUUACUCAGCCAUACAAUAGAGACCCUCCAAAACAAAUCAAGCGAAACGAAAAUAAAACCUAACGUCAGGUCAACUCGAAGGCAAUGUCCCACUUUUCAGCAAGCAAUGGCCGAAAAAGUAUAAGCCAUAAGAUGCCAAACCAAUAGGGUAAUGAUCUGUUAUAGAGUAUACUGUAAUGCACGAUGGGAUCAUAAUGCAGAUUAGCCUGUGAUAAUGCCCCCUGGGAGGCUCAAAGGGGAGGAAUAAGGGGGAGGGGUCUCGGAGACUUCACUCGCAUGCUGAAGCGGACUUGAUACGGUUUGUCAAAUUUUUAAUCUGACGUUCAGUCGUUCGAGGCCCGGGCCGUUUCGGUGAGUAAAAUACAGUCCUAUUUUUGGGUCUAAUUUGGCUCCCUUAAAUCAGGGCCAAUACAGUCCAAUUAGCUAGGGCUAAUUUUGGUCCCAGGGCUGAAAUGGGCCCUACCGUGGGCUGGAAUAGCCUUUUGAUAGAGCUUUUUUGGCCUAAAUUGCGCUCAAAUGGCUCCAAGAAGGGCUGAAUCAGACUUUGGCCUGCAGGGCUGAAUUGACACUUUGGGGCUGAAACAGAUCUUUUUAAUUUACAGUGUAAAUCUUUUUAAUUUACAGUGUCGGUAAAAACGUCUCGGUAAAGAGUCCUUAAGUCAAAAAAUACCACACGGUUUUUUUGGCUGCAACACUGAUUGACCAUCCUUGGCCAAUUUAUAUUGAUCACUUUUUUCAGUUAUGAUGUUAUUAGGCUCUUGACCACGGAUAAGAAAACUUCAUGAAUAUACAGACAUUGAAAUAUUUCAGGCUGCUUCGCUUUUUUAGUCCUCGCUAAGACCAAAAGAGCAUUUCCUCCACUAUAACCAAACAAUUUUAUUCGCAGGAAAUCAGGGAUAAGAAAACGGCAAAAAUUUAACAUGCUUGAGAAACUGACUCUUCGCAAAACUGAGUUUAAUUUUGCUUUGCAGUAACGCUGAAAACUGCGACGAGUGUGGAGACUACGUACGUCACGUGUUUUCAUUCGUACCAGGCUCUCUCGCUGCCAUUAGCUUGUUGGUUGUUUUGCUGUUCCAUGCUUCAAAAACCAUUUGCAAAGAAAGUGGUGAGUUUUGUUAUUAUGAUACUUUUGGAGUUAUUGUUAUUUAUUAUUAUUAUUAUUUUUUUUUUUUGAAAGAAACGUAUUAAUAUGUGUCGGUCAUUUGAUCAGAAAGUGAGGGAGAUUACAAUCAGAGUUUAGAAUAAAAAAGAAACUUUUAAACUUUUAUUCGUUCGUUUAGAGCAGCAAAUAGAGUCAAGUAGUGUUAAAAAAGAGAUCAUCAUAUGACAACAAUAAAUACCAAUGGUCAUUGUAUGCAGUUCGUGUAUUUUAUUAGAUCUAUAUUUUUUUCAGAGUCUCAAACAGUUCCCAGAAGGACGUCUGUAGAAGAUACCCGUCUAUAGUGCAAGGAGAAAGCUGCGGAUGAAUAUUAGACGAAGUAGAUAAGGCUAGCUCCGGCCAUUCUUUCUUAAAUUUGACCUUCAAACUAGCAAAAGAUCUCUCGAUGGUCCUUCAAGUGUUUAGUAUUUACAAGACGGUCUUGGAAACAGAUAUUGUAAAACAGAAGAUUGCAUCAGGAAAAAGGGAACUUAAGACCUUCAGCCCAAACGUUUCUACUAACAAGACUUAGGGGCUGUACGCAUGUCGCAAUUAUUUCAAGUCUACAGAUGAUCUGAAUAGGAUUGUGUGGAAUCACCUGCAGACUUACUGGCAUCUAGUUUUUUUUUACGAAAUCAUACGAAAACCUACUGGUUCUUGCAGAGCUACCUUCACUACUAAAUCGAGGACUACAAGAUAAUCGCUAUAUUAAUCUACAAAGAAAAAUAUGGCCUCGCACCGAGUAUUGUUAACGAACUAUUUAAGCGGAAAAGCACUAGUUAUUCACUAAGAAACAGUGAUUUUGAUAUUCCGACUUAACUAUGGAAAGCAUUCUCUUAGAUAAUAAUGCAAGGACCUCAUAUAUGAUCGAAACUAGAUAUUAAAUUGAAAGGCUCCUCGAAUAUUGAAUCUUUCAAAAAGAACAUUAGGAAAAAAGACCUAACGUCACUCUUAAACAACAACAAUAGCUGCUGUAACCUUUGCAAUUCUUAGAGACUACCUUUUAUAUACCGAUUGUUUUAUUAUACAAUUUAUACAUGCGACAUAUUUUAAUUGUAUAUACAUUAUUAUUAUUAUUAUUAUUAUUUCUUAUUUGUAAAUAAUUUUUAUUUUUGUGUCCCCAAUUAGUUGUGAAAACUAAAUACAUUGACGCAUUAAUAAAGCUUUUACUUUACUUUACUUUACUUUACUUUACUUACUUUUAUAUUUCUCCAAGCCCAUUUAUUUCUAAGCUUGUAAAUGAAAAGGUCUGAGCCACCCCAACAAAACACUGUGGGAAAAAUUUAGCCCAUCAAUUGAUACGAAAUUUACCGACUUAAAAUUGAAGAAUACAAGAGCCGGAUAUUUCCUGUGAUCAAGGAUAUCAGAAACGUGACCUCGUUGCAUGCAUAAUAUGUGGCGCAUUAAAAAAGUGACCCGCAUGAACUGAGCAUUUUGAAAGUCUUCCUAAUUAUUGCAGUGCUUUAGAGUAUGACUGAGCUGACGGCUCUAUACAUUUUCUACUAUUAGAACCAGACUGGAAGUUCAUCGAUACAGUUAGAGUGACUGGGAUCACACUUCCUCCAUUCCGAUGUGAAGUGAAGAGACGCCUUUAUUUAUAGAGGCCGGUAACACUUGACAGUUAUGGUCUAAACUGAUAAAAUUGUGGCCCUAAGGAAGCUGGAGGGAAAAAAACGCCCCUCCUUUGUGGAAACAUCUGCUUUGGGAUUCGUCAUAGAUCGAAUUAAACUAUUCUCCCGUUCCACUUUGAACAGAAAAUAAUGUAAUUUGACAGAAAAAUCACAAAUAAAAUCGGCAGAAGACAUGAUAUAAGACAAAUGGAGUUGAAUCUUGAUGACCACGCCGUACGAUUACGUCAAUGCAAAGUGCUUCUUUAGUGCUGUUAAGCUACAUGUACCAACCGCACAAAGACUAUAAGACUUUAUAACUAUGGUCAAAGUUACUCAAGCAUUUAUGAUUAUUCGAUUAUACGUUUCAUGAUAAUGUACUUCGAUUACUUCGAUGUGUGGUCCGGGGCUUAGCGCCCUUAUGACUUCUGGUUUCUGUUCACAUUUUAGUGAUAAUUUUAAACACCACUUAUUGCAUUUUCUUCAAGCGAACAUCUUACCGAGAACCCGUUACGUUUCACAAAGCAGGUGCCCUUAAAAUACUAACUGCAUCAAUUCAUCCAUGACUUCUUGCGUUAUCAAUGAGAAUAAAAGUAUUCACCCCUGACCUUGAGCUUAUUUAAAUCUUUUUCUAAAAGGUGGGUUUGAAAACAUCCCGUCCAGUCAAAGAUGAUUUAAAUUUAGUGAGCCGACGAAGAUUGUAUAGUAACUAUUUUGGAUUUCCUGUAACGCUUGCAAAUAGCUUUGCAUGAUAGCUUUGCGAAUCAGUUUAACUUUCAGAAACGGAAAAACGGUGCAUUUAUUUACCUUGCUGCGUUCUCCUGAAAGGUGAGUCCUUUAAUUUUUAUUACGUAACAACGCACUUCAACUGUUGUAACUAAAAUUAGUAAUUUUUAUGUGCAGUGAUUUGAAUUAUUUUUGGCCUUCGUCUCGGUUUUGAUAUCUCAACUCCGUAUGUUCUGCUACGCUCUUCGCGAGCCUUGUUUUCACUACAGUUUCUAAUUGGCUAUGUGAUUCACAAACAUGUUUGUCCGUUAAUCACUGACAUUCGAUACGGGAUUCGGAAUCAAAGUCGUCGACGUUAAGAUCCAACGACGCGACGUCUACGAGAACGCCGCUUAAAAAGUGAAUUUUGCGUUCUUUCAGUCUACAUCGCAAUUGUUCCUACUCAGUGACUUUGUCAAAUCCAGCCGAACCCUCCUGGAGUUGAAUUGCUAGGAACCAUAUUCAAGUUCAGAAAGAGAAAUCAAUUUCGUCGUUGCCUGUUUACGUAGUCCAUAAAGGUGGUGUUACACGGGACGAUUUGCAACGACGAUUUUUGCGACAACACAUAAGUCAAUGUUGCAAUGUUGGAAAAAUGUGGUAGGUAUUCGAAACAACGUGGCAACAAUGUUGCAAUGCUGUGUUGCUCUAAGAAUCGUCGUUGCGACAUCACCUUAAAACGCGAAAUUAGGCAUUUUCAGGUCGUUAUGCAAAAACGGGCAAAGAAAUGUACAAACAAGGUUAGCGUAAUGCACGUGCAAAGUUGUUUUUUUUUUCUUAUAAAUUACCUGUAGAAAGUUCUCGUUGUCGUCCGCGUCGUUUGGUCUUAAAGUCUUUAAUAUCUUUGUGCAUCAAGAAACUCCUUCUUCAGUGAUACUUUUAAUUCUCGUUUUUCAUUUGGAUAAUGCUCUUACCCCAAUUUCUGGAAAUAAAUGCAACGUAAGGCAAUUUUAGUAGCAAAAUAAAGUGCCUAAUGAUGUAGCAGUUUGACUCAAGUCAGUUGACCAAAAGAUUAAGUUAGACUGAAUUAAAAAGUAGUUUCCAGAACAUCCCUCGUUGAGGUAGAAGCUAUAUACAUGCUGACUGUAUUUAUUCAAUUUGAACUCGAUAUGGCCUGAAAUUACAGAGGUUCAGAAACUAUUUUAGAUAAACAACUAUAAGUCAAGUCAAGUCAAUUCCUAGGUGCGACCAUUUAGGUUAAUAUGCAUAAUCGGUAUAAAGACUGACAACCUAUAAAUACCAAUUUGAUUUGACCGUUCUUCGAGUCGACCUUAACGUUAAAAAUAUCAGUGUAGUUCAGUUUGGUAGUUUGUAAAACUAAUCCCCCAAGUUAAAAAAAAAUGCAUGUUUAUCUCUUGCCAGCAUGGGAAUUUCUAAACUUUGCUGUCAUAAUUCGGAGUCAGGUUUGAACUCUCGAACGCCAUUCUUCCAACGCUUUGCCUGUGGAGUUGGUCACGUGAUGAAUGACAUCACUCGUCAGCUUCUGUUUUCAUUUCGUUUGGUUAUAUUUAUGCAAGUUUUUGGUCUCUCUGCUGCCAAUGCCGGCUGGUUGAUGCUUUAUGGACUUAUCACUGCUGCAACAUCUUCAGCAAUCGGUGCGUUCCUGAUUGACAACUUCAAAAUUCCGUAUUUGUCCAAGACGCUUGGAAAAAGGAAGGCAUGGCAUUUGAUUGGUACUAUGGUGGGUGCAAUCGCCAUUCCACUCUACUUCAGCUCCUGUUUCCUUUGUCAAAGCGAUCAAGGGCAAUGGCAACAGAUGAUAUACAUCCCAGUUCUUAAUACAAUCUUGUCAUUUUCAUUCGGCUUGAUGGAAAUUAGCCAUCUUUCGAUUAUUCCUGCCAUCGCUAAAGAUCAAAGCGAAGCUGUUGAACUGAACGCAUGGAGGUACAUUGGCAUUUUUUUUAUUAUUAUUCUCUCAGUAACAUUAAAUUGAAAUUUCUUUUGUAAUUGAGGUGGUUUUAAGUCAAAUUAUUCGUCAAUGUUUCAGCUGAACUGAGGAGGCAUUUAUAAAGUCGCACAUUUUAUUAUCACAUUUCAUUCGUUUUCUUAAAGGACUGCUUUUUCCUUCUUGAGUGGCAUUAUGACCUUCAUCGUCGCAUGGUUGAUAAUAGGACAAGAUAGCAGCGACCAUAUAUCGGCAGAGAACUCGAUGGAUUUUACGGUAUGAAUACUUGGAAUAUUACUUAAACAAUAUCUCUUGCACGCACGAAAGCACAUUCUUUUAGCUUCUUUUCUCCUUUAAUUACAUUUCAGGUUUUGACUUUAAUUCUGGUUGGAAUAAGUCUACUAUUUGCUGUAAUCUUUCACGUUGGAACAAAAGAACCUUCUGAAGAAAGUGUUGGAAAAUUAUCCAAAAACAAAUCGGUAAGAUUUGGUAAAUGUUUACCUAAUAACCCACCCUUAAUAAAAAUCCGGAACUUUUAAAUAUUAAAUAAUUAAUUGUAACUCAGGAUAACAGCUUUUCAGCGGAUCGGAAGGUGCAUUACAGAGAACGCAGAGAGUUCCAAACUGACUUUCGCACUAAGACCGAGCUCGCUUUAGACCAUACGAAGAAGACAACCUAUAAAAAAAUGACGUUAUAUGUUUAAUAAGAAUAUGAAACUAAGCUAGGAUGGUUAGAUCUAAACUGGCCUUCGAUGCGAUUAUUUUUAAAGCUGUUUUCUCCUCUACUCUUUCUUUAGAGAAAGAUAUCUUUUAUUCCAUCACACACCCCGGUUAGCGCGAUGACGUUUCAAGGAAAAGGUAUGAUUAAUUAAUUCAACCGAAAUUUAUCAAGUGUACUGAGCUUCACCAAUUCAGUUUGGACACUACAAUUACGUUUGGCAUGAUGCAGGGAAUCGUAUCUCCAAAUUAAACAUGACAUGGUACAGCCCAGUUAUUUUCUUGGAAUAAAUUUCCAGGUUACGCGGCUUUUUGUUGCCUGUUGUCGGUUUCCAUUCAUAUUCGUUCAACAUGACGUCACGUCCGCCAUAUUGUUUAGUAACAAAACUAUAAAAUGGCAGCCAUGUUGGUGUAUCAAACCAGUCCUUUGAUAGCUGAACCUUUUUCUUGUGUAAAAACAUUCUUUUGUUCCAAUAAAUUUGCGUAGCAACAGGCCAUGUGAGUGGAAACGCUUUAUACAGCUAUUUUGAGAAAGGUUGUCUUAAAGGUUGUGCACGCGACAAUCCCGGAAGAUAAUAUGGGAUAUGAUCAAUACACUGUUCCUAACACAGUAGCUGUCGAACUUACUUUUUUUUGUUUUCCACAAGCACUCGCAAACAUACGUCCAUGGCCUCUCGUGCCAUUCUCUCAAAUUUCCUGGAGGAACUUGAGUGAACGCAAUGCACCCACAUUACCUUUCGGGAUUGUCGCCUGCACUUUUUCCGACAUCCUUUCUCGAAAUAGCUGUAUAUUGCAGCAAUUGUAACUGCAGCAGCUUUAAGUUACAAGUUAAUUAAGUUUUUAACUAUUUCAUUUUUCUUCUGCCAAGAUGUGAAUCUUCAAAAGCAAACAAUGCGUGACGCUUUCAUCGAUGGUAUGAUGGCCAAGGCCGAAGGAAAUAAGACAGGCGACACUGAGAAACAACCUUCGAGAAAGCAGAGUUUUCCGAGGCGCUUUAUCCAAGCCCUAUUUUCUAAUGAAGAAAAUGACGAAAAUAUAGCUGGAGAACAAUUACCGGCUGACAGCAAGAGCUUGAAUGAAUCAGCUUCCAAACGCUCAGGCGGGAUAGACGGGUGUUUUUCUUUUAAACCAAAAGAUCAGAGCGAGGAAGAAAUGUUAAAAGGCGUCAAAAGUCUGCCUAAUGAACGAAAAAUAAGUGUUCUUGUGAGUAUAGUUUAUGGAUUGAUAGGUGUUGACCCCGCUACUGAUGAACAGAUGAACGAAGAGUCAAAGAUGGAUACAAACUCUGAGUCACCAGGGAACAUUGUUGAUAAAGUAAACGGCAUUCAAGGAACAAACAUCGGAAUAGGAGCAACAGAUUUCACAGCUAACUCUUCAGUUUCUAUCGAGCACCUUGGUGUGGACAAUGAAGGAUAUAAGUGUGAAACAGAAUUGGGUGUUCCUGCGUCACAAACCAACACGACCAAAACAGUUCCCCGAGUUACAUCUGGUGACCUCGAAUCUGCACGUCCAGUUUCACCCAAACCUAAGACAGUACGAGCCUGGCUCAAGGAUCCACAUCUAUAUAAGGUGAUUUAGGUUCUUAGUUUUUUUUCUGCUUUUGCUUUUUUAUAUUGGGAUUUGUAAGUUUUUCUGCUUGAAAUUAGUUACCCAUCCAGUUCUGAUCGAAAAUUUUGUCUGUUUGUGAUUUCUUCACGUAGGUGGCUAUCAUCUUCACGUGCACAAUGUCUGUCAUAAGCCUGGCGUAUGCCUAUCUUCCAUUGUUUCUUAUCUACAGAGUACAGUUUGGAAAGGUAGGGGCCGGGGGUAGGGUAUCUAUAUAAAUCAUAUACUCACAAAAAUUAGACACAUAGCUAGUGCCACCUGCGCAAAGUCAUUUUCAGGAGCAUGAAGCAUCUAGUACAAGUUCUGUAUAAAUUUUAUGUACCGCACCCGUAUUGGACACUCUAGACCAUAUACCUUAAUUCAAAUAAUUGGCCAGAUAUUUUCAGAUAAUGGCACUUUGAAUGUUACUUUAAUUCUAUUUUCAAUCUGCUUUUGGUAAUACCGGCAUGUAUUAGAGAUGGGUUGCUUUGAAAAGAUAUUCACGGUCUUGUGUUUCAUUAAGACGUCGUCAGUAAGUUGGUGCUAGGUUUUUAAUAAUUUUUGCUCUACGCUUUGAACAGGAGGCCAUAGCGUAUUUGCCACUUAUCAUGUUGAUAAGUGCAGCAUUGUCUUCGGCACUGUCCAAGAAACUUGUAGCCAUAAUUCGAAGCAAGGUAAGAAUCAUUACCUAGAUUUUUUUAAAAUUAUUGUCCGAGAAACGAAAAAGCGAAACGCACUUUUAGCAAUGAAGCAAUACAUCUCUCUAUCUUAUUCUUUCUUGGGUUUACGUACAUUUCCAACUGAAGUGGUCCAGUUGUGCUUCAGGAAUGCUUGUUCGAAAAUUGCGGUUUCAUAGCAGGCUACCUCCGGGGGUUCCGUGUCGGUUUGCAUUAUGGGCCGGGGCAUAUGGGUGCGUUUAAACUGCAUGAAAGGCCGGGUCCCGGGCGUCCUUUUAACUACACCAAAGCCCGAUGCAUUUCUAAAUUUUUCAAAACCGUAAAUACCUUGUUUGAAAUUGAAAUUGAAAAACGUUUCUCACCUCUCGCAGCUUCGCCAUCUCACCGCUCGUGCUUGGUGCCACCGUAACUUUGAGCAAAAUAAAAGACUCUUUGCAGACUACAAAAAUUGUUCUUUUUUUCUUGUAUCUUUUGCACCCCUCAUAUGGAGAUAACUAGCUUUAUUUGUUACGGCUCUAAAUUUACGCUAUGAAUCUAGUACAAUGAGUUGCUUGGUCUUUGACAAAACCACCAACAUUUUCUAGUUGGUUAACUUUAAUUAAGUUAAUUUUAACACUCGUGUUUUCGUUUUUUUUCCAGUGGUGUUUUGUCCUUGCUGCCCUGUUCGGGAUUACAGCUGGUGUAUGGUUUUAUUUCAUCACCAAGUCCAACAGAGUAAUGACCUACCCAGCCACUGUGUUACUGGGGUUUGGCUUUUCCGCCAUGCUCGUAAAUGCACUAAGCUUUGCUGCGGAACUCAUUGGAGACAACAAAGUGAGUUCACUCAUUUAAAUGCCGAAGAAAGGGACGACGAUUAAGAUUAAUUUUUUACAAUAACUACAAAGAAUCACCAUGUAACACCAUAACCCUUUGAUUACAAAAAUACUUACAUUUUUUCUCCUUUUUUUUGUGGAAUACAAUUCUUCUGAUCAGUUAUUUUCUUUCUACUUCAUAGAGCACAUCUGGUGUCGUAUUUGCUUUUAUGAGUUUGAUGUCAUACGUAACUAGCGGAACAUUGAUCACUACAAUACAGAAUUUGUUUCCUGAAGGAAGGUAAUUGUGCACUUUGUAGUCUAAAAAUACUUUUCAGCUUCCUCAAUCUAUGUGUCAGAGAAUGACAUCAACCGUCAAUCAAAACAUAGCAAGCAUAACUACAAUGGUACUCAAAGGCCUCAGGUUCUUAUGGGUUUACCUGGGGGAAAUUAUAAACUAUGGCUAUAACUUCGGCACAGAUGGAGCUGAAUCAAAACUUGGCGCCGGCACAUUUUAAAGUAUAAAUAGUGUGACUGUUAAUAAAUCAUGUGACAUUUCACGUGACUAUUUUUCUGAAAAUUAGUUCAAUAAUUGAGAAACUGGUGGCGAAAUCAAGCAAUAACAUUUUCUUCAAUUAUAUUAAAUAUGUCUAACACUUCACGUUUGGAAUGACUGUUCAUUGCCCUUUAAUAAAACAUUUUGACGGGAGAAAAAUCAUUUUAAAAGUCCAAAUUUAAUCCUCAAUUACUUGAAACUUUCAUUUUAGACUUCAAGUACAUUCAUUCUAAACUUAGAAAGAAAAAAAAAUAUGUUUUCUUCCUAUCAGAAACGCCAGUUUACUUAUGCAAACAAAGUAAAUUCGCCGCCAAUUAGCCAAUUUCCCUCAUGUUUAAUUUUUUGGUCUCGUCAACAUAUCACGUGACUAAUAACGUUAAGGCACGAGAAGACCUCGAGAUUAACUUUUGGGGAAAAAAUGCAUCUUGUGCUUGGUAUCCUAGAGAGAAAUAUUGGCAAUCAAUCAUAUGCUCAAAACACCCCUUGGGCCUUGAGUUAUUAACUUCUUCCAAACAAGGUCUGUUCGGUAAACUUCCGAAGGUAUGCCGAACCACCGCAUGCCGAGAGUAGUCAGCAUCUGUGAUUCCUCUCCCUCCCUUCCUCACUCAGCCAUACCAAAGAGACCCUCCAAAACAAACCAAGCGAAACGAAAAUAAAAUAAAACGUAACGUCAGGUCAACUCGAAGGCAAUGUCACACUUUUCAGCAAGCAAUGACUGAAAAAGUGUAACAAAUUAUACGAUGCCAAACCCUAGGGUAAUGAUCUGUGAUAGAGUAUAGUCAGUAUACUGUAAUGCAUAAUGGAUUAGCCUGACGCGAGAAUGCUCUCUAGGGGGGCUGUUAGGGGAGGAAUAAGGGGGAGGGGUCUCGGAGAGUUCACUCGCACGCUGAAGCGGAUAUGAUACGGGUCGUCAAAUUUUUAAUCUGAUGUUCAGUCGUUGGAGGCCCGGCCUCGUCCGUCUUGUUCUUUAUUAGGACAGAAAAUAACUUCUAAGUAGAAAGGCCAGCUCAGUAAAGAGUCAUUUAGUCAAAAAAAUAUUACAUGGUUUUUUGGCUGCCGCACUUACCCUUCGCCCAUUGCAUUUAUAUUGAUUUCUUUCUUCAGUUAUGAUGUUAUUAGGCUAUCGAUCACAGAUAAGAUAAGAAAACUUCAUGAAUACAUAGACCUUGAAUUAUUUCUGCUUCGUUUUAAUGUUUUAGUCCUCGUUAAGAACAAAAGAGCAUUUCCUCCACUACAACCAAACAGUUUUAUUCAAAAGGAAUCUAAGAUAAGAAAACGGCAAAUAUUUAACAUGCUUGAGGAACUGAAACUUUGUAAAACCGAGUUUAAUUUUCUUUGCAGUAACGAUGAAAACUGCAACGAGUGUGGGGAUUACGUGCGUCAUGUGUUUUCAUUCGUACCAGGCUCUCUCGCUGCCAUUAGCUUGUUGGUUGUUUUGCUGUUCCAUGCUUCAAAAACCAUUUGCAAAGAAAGUGGUGAG